GAUGCCGAAAAACAGCAAAGUGACACAGCGGGAGCACAGCAGUGAGCAUGUCACCGAGUCAGUGGCCGACCUGCUGGCUCACGAGGAGCCCGUGGACUACAAACGCAGCGUCCUCAACGUGACAGGGGAGGCUUGGGAUAAGCAGAAGGACGGGGAGGAGGAGCUGGAUGCAGAGAACAGGCCGGCGUGGAAUAGCAAGCUGCAGUACAUCCUGGCCCAGAUUGGCUACUCUGUGGGGCUGGGAAAUGUCUGGCGAUUCCCCUACCUGUGCCAAAAGAAUGGAGGAGGCGCCUACCUGGUCCCAUACCUGGUCCUGCUCAUCAUCAUUGGCCUCCCGCUGUUCUUCCUGGAGCUGGCAGUGGGGCAGCGGAUCCGUCGGGGCAGCAUUGGUGUCUGGAAUUACAUCUGUCCCCGCCUCGGUGGCAUCGGUUAUGCCAGCUGCCUGGUCUGCUUUUUUGUUGGUCUUUAUUACAACGUCAUCAUCGGUUGGAGCAUCUUUUACUUCUUCAAGUCCUUCCAGUACCCCCUUCCCUGGAGCGAGUGCCCCAUUGUCAAGAAUGGCUCCGUGGCCGUUGUGGAGACUGAAUGUGAGAGAAGCUCGGCCACCACCUACUUCUGGUACCGGGAGGCCCUGGACAUCUCCAACUCCAUCUCAGAGAGUGGGGGACUCAAUUGGAAGAUGACCCUCUGCCUGCUGGUGGCCUGGAGUCUCGUUGGCUUGGCCAUGAUCAAAGGCAUCCAGUCCUCGGGGAAGGUGAUGUAUUUCAGCUCCCUCUUCCCCUACGUGGUGCUGGUUUGCUUCUUGGUGCGGGGCCUCCUGCUGCGCGGGGCGGUGGAUGGGAUCAUGCACAUGUUCACCCCCAAGCUGGAUAAGAUGCUGGACCCCCAGGUGUGGCGGGAGGCAGCCACGCAGGUGUUCUUUGCCUUGGGAUUGGGCUUUGGGGGGGUCAUCGCCUUCUCCAGCUACAACAAGCAGGACAACAACUGCCACUUCGACGCCACGCUCGUCUCCUUCAUCAACUUCUUCACGUCUGUCCUGGCCACCCUGGUUGUGUUCGCCGUGCUGGGCUUCAAGGCCAACAUCAUGAAUGAGAAAUGCGUGGUGGAGAAUGCUGAGAAGAUCUUGGGAUACCUGAACACCAAUGUGCUCAGCCACGACCUCAUCCCACCCCACGUGAACUUCUCCCACUUGACAGCCAAGGACUACAACGAGAUGUACAGGGUGAUCAUGACGGUGAAAGAGGGGCACUUCAAAGAGCUGGGCUUGGACGCGUGUCUGUUGGAGGAUGAGCUGGACAAGUCAGUGCAAGGAACCGGCCUGGCCUUCAUCGCCUUCACAGAAGCCAUGACCCACUUCCCAGCCUCGCCAUUUUGGUCCGUCAUGUUCUUCUUGAUGCUGAUAAACCUGGGGCUGGGCAGCAUGAUCGGGACCAUGUCGGGCAUCACCACUCCCAUCAUCGACACCUUCAAGGUGCGGAAGGAGGUGUUCACAGUUGGCUGCUGCAUCUUCGCCUUUGUGGUGGGCCUGAUCUUCGUGCAGCGCUCUGGGAACUACUUUGUCACCAUGUUUGAUGAUUACUCAGCCACGCUGCCGCUCACCGUCGUGGUCAUCCUGGAGAACAUCGCUGUGGCCUGGAUUUACGGCACUAAGAAGUUCAUGCAGGAACUGACAGAGAUGCUGGGCUUUCGGCCCUAUCAGUUCUACUACUACACCUGGAAGUACGUCUCUCCCAUCUGCAUGGCUGUGCUCAUGACUGCCAGCAUCAUCCAGCUGGGAGUCAGCCCCCCGGGCUACAGCGCGUGGAUCAGAGAGGAGGCUGCAGAGAAGUUCCUUUUUUACCCAACCUGGGCCAUGGCUAUCCUCAUCUCCCUGAUCAUCCUGGCUUCCCUCCCUCUGCCUCUGGUCUUCAUCCUCCGGCAGUUCCACCUGGUGUCAGACGGCUCCAACACCCUCUCGGUCACCUACAAGAAGGGCCGGAUGAUGAAGGACAUCUCCAACUUGGAAGACAACGACGAGACGCGCUUCAUCCUGAGCAAGGUGCCGAGCGAGACCCCAUCCCCGAUGCCCACCCACCGUUCCUACCUGGGUCCUGGGAGCAACUCCCCUAUGGAGAUGAGCAGCGCGCCCAACGGACGCUAUGGGAGCGGGUACCUGACGGCUGGCACCCCCGAGUCUGAACUGUGAUGCUGGG